AACCCUCCGAUAUGUUCCUGAAAGCUCCCAAGACAAAAUUAUCCCUGAUGAAGAUGUCUUUGAAACACUACUGAAAAUAUUUAAAGCUCUGUUCAUAAAUGACUUCAGUAGACAAGCACAUAUUUUGGCCUUACUUCCAGAAAUCAAAUGUAAAUAUCUGGAAUUACUGACUAUUGAGGAGGAACGAUCAAAAGUAAAUUCGUGUAACCAUCGGAGUCAACAUGUGUGUAGUCCAGAGGAAGUUCUGUUUAAUACACUAGGAUUCACUGUUAGUCGAGACCGAAGUUCCCUGGUGUCUGCUGGAACUGGAGUCUUUGUUACCAAAGGUUUUGUACCGAAAGGGACAGUUGUAUCCAUGUAUCCUGGUACAGUAUACAGAAAGCAUGAGCCCAUCUUUUUCCAGUCCCUUGGCAAUCCCUUUAUUUUUAGGUGCAUAGAUGGUGUCCUUAUUGAUGGGAAUGACAAAGGGCUAUCAAGAUCAGUGUACAGGUCUUGCAGCAGGAGAGAUCAACUCGGCCCAUUUCAAAUGAGCGAUGAGAGCUGGCUCACAGCUGCCUUGCAAAACCCACUGGCGGUGGGACAGUAUGUGAACAACUGCUCAUAUGAAAAAGCAGCCAAUGUGUGUUAUCAGGAGUUUGAUGUGCCGGAAUAUUUUCCAGUAGAACUGAAACAGUACCUUCCAAACAUCGUCUACAGCCACGACAUAGAGAGCCACCCGAGGUGCGUAGUGCUUGUCACUCUCAGGGACGUCAAGCAGGGAGAAGAACUUUUUUCUAAUUACUAUACUGUUGUCAGCUGAAUUAAU